GGCCUAUGACGCCUUGUAAGAAUGAAGGCUUUUUAGGAACGCUACAAUCACGUAGCAGAGCCGCUUGCCACUCGAUUAACGCUAACGUUGAAAAGUAUGUAUGCAGGUCAAUCACUGACUGUGGACUUCCUUUAGGCAGUUACCAAAGAGGUGACAAUAGAAUGGAGAAGGCGACUCCAGGUCAUUAAUACUGGCGAUGCUCCGAGGGUAGUGGUCGGUCCUUUUAGAACAAUGGUUUAAUUGAGACCCUUUCUCUGGUGUGGCAAUGCGAAGUUACCACACGGUCGUGACGGUCCACACCAGCUGGCCCUUGAUCGAUAACUUCCAAGUCAUCUUCUGGUUUAUAGUUCCACUUAUUCACCUCAAACAUGUACACAACCUCCAAGAAGGACCAUCGCAUUAUCAUGGGGACCGACCGAAGGCCAAACCCACUGCGCUAUGUGAAUCUUGAGGAGUGGGACGAUGGUGCCUACGGUGACAUAUCAUUUCAAGAAUCCCAACCGGAGACCCUCGAGGAGCCAUGGCCAUAUAGAUUUCGGAAUGGCGAGAGCGUGUGGAUCCACUCCACAGGUUAUGAUUGGUAUCAAGGGAAAAUUUCUGGACAACCCAAGGCUGCCCAGACGAAGAUGGGUGAUGGACUUUUUUGGCCUGUCACUUAUAAUCGUAAUAAGCGCAGAUAUGCAGCACCUCUCAAUGGCGAGUUGAAGCCUGAUACUCCGCCUAUAAGGAAGAUGCUGGAGGAGGCAGGUGUCUUGUAAGGUGCUGGCACCUACUCACCGUUUCCUUAUUUUACACCGUAUUAUGUUCCAUGUACAUAUACAAUGACCGACAUUGCAUUGUAACACUACCACACAUUCACCGACGCCAUAGUAUCCUAUUGUUUUGCCUUUAAAGAGUUGUUAUCCGGAUCGCUCUGGUUGUCUUGUUUCUUGGAGUAGACUUGACCCAAAUUAUAGGCGCAUGUGUGACGUGCGUGACUGAAAUCUCUUCUAUCACGAUUAACAUCUUAAUCCACGACUAAGACAGACGACCACCAUGACGAAGACGUAUCUUAUGAAC